AUGACUGAUAUAGGAAAUAUGACAUAUUUUCUAGAGAUGAAGAUUAUGUACUCUAAGAAGGGUAUCAUUUUGCAUCAGCUGAAGUAUAAACUUGAACUUCUGAAGAUAUUUGAGCUGCUGAAUUUUAAGGUUAUGGUCACACCUUCAGAAACAAAACAAAAAUUGGAUUAUGAUCAUGAGGGUGAUGAUGUAGAUGCUACAACUUUCAAGCAGUUGGUUGGAUCUCUAAGAUAUUUGUGUAAUACCAUACCUGAUAUUUUCUAUGUAGUUGGAAUGGUUAAUAGGUUCCUGAGUAAACCUAAGUGGUCUCAUUACCAAGCCGUUGUUAGGAUUCUGAGGUAUAUUAAGGGGACUCUGAAGUAUGGAGUGUUUUUCCCUUCUGGUGAAAAGGAAAAUCCAGAGCUGAUGUGUUACUCAGACUCUGAUUGGUGUGGAGACAUAGUUGACAUAAGAAGUACUUAUGGAUAUUUGUUUAAGUAUCUAGGAGGUCCUAUUUCUUGGUAUUGUGGCUGCAUGUCAAGUUGUGUGGCUUCUGAAUUUACUGCAAGAUCUGAAGAUCAAGGUAGACAAGCCUCUGAAGCUGAUGAUUGA